AUGGGACAUUAUGAAGCAAAUGGGUGGUUGACACCGGCGCAGCGACGCAAGCUGUGGAGUUCAAAGAGAUGGAUAGUGCACUUGUUCGCCGGUGUAGAAGGGCACUGGCAAAUCAUGCGUUUGGAUCAGGGUGAUGCCAUGGUCAUAGAGCUGGACUCGGCAAGAUGCGCGGGCCAAGACCUGUUGCGGUCUGAAACCUGGAGAAUGUUACUCUGGGGAGCAGUCACGGGCAAGGUUGAUGUGGUUAUGGGUGGUCCACCAGACAGGGUUCACCAGCACUGCCGAGGAGGAGAGCGUGAUACAAAGGCGCUUCAGUUGAUCGCACGCAUGAUGUGGUUGUUUGUGGUCGCACAAGUUGGUAGAGAGGUUCAUGGCUAUCAGCGAGACGUGGGCUUUAUCUUGGCGUACCCGGAAGGUAUAUCAAAGCAAGAGCGAGAUCGGCGUGACCAUGAGGUGGAGCAGAUGGAGGAUGCGCAGCGAGUUGGUGGUAGAUCUAGAGCCUAUGCUGGUGUGAGUACAGUCAAUGCUGAGGUUUCUUUCUGGGAUACACGGCUCUGA